GUGUGUGGUGAAGCUAAUAUCACUACUAGGAUUGGAGCGACCAUCUGCAACAACAACCCGGUGAGUCAGUUCCAGUUAUAUGCAUGUGGCUUGUGGUAGCAAUUAAAUUGAAAGAUAAUUCCAACCAAAUUGAAUUAAACUUCAUUUGGUUGAUGAAAGUUGGGUGACUUUUUUCGAUUUGUCCUUCUGGGAGAUUCAUAGUGGUCGGAAGAUUCCGUUAGGGGACGGACUUCCAUGGUUGACUGAAACACCAUUCUGAUGGGCUGUCGCUGGCACCGCAUCCAGUCAACACAAUUGUAUUCCUAGGAUCUGCAACCUUUCUAAGAAAGAUGAUCCUUUUUUUUCCUUGUUGGGUAUUUUAAUCACUGCGACCAUUUGUUAGAUCUAUUGUGAUAAGGUGAUAAAGAUGAUCCGUUAGAAGCUACGCUUCAGAAGUUCUGGGAAAUCGAGGACAUCUCUGACGGACCAUCACUAUCCGUUGAAUAAGAUCGUUGUGAGAAGCACUACGUAGCUACUACCACCCGUGAUCCUUCUGGAAGGUAUAUCGUCAGUCUUCCUCGAACCGUCAAUCCCGAUUUUGUCCUAGGAAGCUCAAGGGAUAUCGCAGAUCGCCGUCUUAUGAGUGUCGAGCGGCGUCUCGGACGUGAUCCUGCCACCAAGGACGCAUACUAUUGUUUUAUGGACGAAUACCUCCAGUUAGGGCAUAUGAAGAAGUUUGUCGAUCCGGUAGACGACGAUCAACCGCACUGCUACAUACCGCACCACGCCGUUUUCAAAGAGUCAAGCACGUCUACAAAGGUUAGGGUCGUUUUCGAUGCGUCGUGCAAGACAUCCUCCGGAUAUUCAUUAAACGACACACUCUUGGUUGGACCUGUCGUUCAGGAGGAUCUGCUCUCCAUCGUGCUCUGUUUUCGCUGCGUCGCUAUUGUCACCGACGUGGAGAAAAUGUAUUGGCAGAUGCUCCACUCUCCGGAAGACCGCAAAUUCCUACGGAUUCGCUUCCGGAUUAACUCCAAUGACCCUAUUUCCACUUACGAGCUGCAGACGGUAACUUACGGUACCGCGUCUGCUCCGUACCUUGCAACCAGGACUCUGCAGCAGAUUGCACGCGACAAUGGGCACCAGUUUCCAGCUGCAGUAGAUCCAGUCAUUUACGAUUUCUACGUUGACGAUUUCCUUUCGGGUACUGAUGACGUAGAAUCUGCAAUUGAAGUGAGGCAACAAGUGACGUCGAUGCUGAAAACUGCAGGCUUCCCAAUCAAGAAAUGGGCAUCGAAUGUUCCGCAUGUUCUACAUGGUGUUCCAUCGGAAGAUUUAGCUGUUCAACCGCUGCAUGAACUUCAGGACGAGCAGGCCGUUUCGACUCUGGGUCUCAUGUGGGCGCCGAGAACCGACGCACUACGGUUCAAAGUCCAGCUACCUCCACCGACCAUAGUCCUGACAAAGCGAAAAAUGACGUCUUACAUCGCGGUCCUACAAUUGUGGUGGCCAAACUAUUCAUGCAGGGUUUAUGGGCACUGAAGCAGAAUGGAGUGGCCUGUGAGUGGGAUACAGCACUCCCAACCAAGCUACAGGAGGAGUGGAAGGCGUUUCAUAACACUCUACAUUUACUGAGCGAAGUUCGUGUCCCACGAUUUGGUUUGCUUCCAAACGCCGUCAAUCUCCAACUCCACUUCUUCGCCGAGGCACAAUCUGGUUAUCACUCGAUUAAGAUGGGUGCUUGGUGGCCUUGUGUCACUGCUUCUGCCUCAUAAGCAGGAGAUUAAGGGUUUGAUCCCUGGCCCUUUCCAAUUUCCUAUUAGAUAAUUUCGUUAAUCAUAUAACUCAAUCUCUUUGCAAAUCAAAUUCUCAUUGCUAGCAAGUAUGAUUCUAAAUAUAGAAUUGUUAUAAAAAGCUGCCUGUUACUUAGUAGCAGUAAAUAAAAUGUAAAAAUAGAUUGGUAUUCAUUUGUACCCGCAUACGAAUGCUAUAUACGGUCGCUAUGCUCGUGCAGGCCUCAUACAAGUAAGAAUGUGUGAGGUUAAUGUGCGGGUAGCGAUGGUGUGGUAGACGUGUGCGUGGUAUUAGAAUCCAAUAGCAUUCAAAUUCUAAUUGU